AUGGCCACAAAGAAUGGGACUCUAAGCCAGGACUUCUUCUUGCUUGGCUUUCCUGGAUCCCAGGCCCUACAGCUUUCUCUCUUCGUGCUCUUCCUGGUGAUGUACAUCCUCACCAUUGGUGGUAACGUGGCUAUCCUGCUGUUGGUGAGUACUUCCCACCAGUUACAUACCCCCAUGUACUUCUUCCUGAGCAACCUCGCUUUCCUGGAGAUUUGGUACAGCACAGCUGCAGUCCCCAAAGCCUUGGCUAUCCUGGUGAGCAGGAGCCAGAGCAUAUCAUUUUCAGGGUGUCUUUUGCAGAUGUACCUGGUGUUCUCACUGGGCUGUACAGAAUACUUCCUCUUGGCAGCCAUGGCUUAUGACCGCUACCUCGCCAUCUGCAGACCUCUUCACUAUCACGUGAUUAUGAGCAGCUUGCUCUCAGUGCAGCUGGCUCUGGGGUCCUGGGUCUGUGGUUUCCUGGCCAUUGCAGUGCCAGCGACCCUCAUCAGCAGCCUGUCCUUCUGUGGUUCCCACUCCAUCAACCACUUCUUCUGUGAUAUUGCCCCCUGGAUAGCCCUGGCCUGCACCAGCACACGGGCAGUGGAGCUUGUGGCGUUUGUGAUUGCCUUUGUGGUCAUCCUGAGCUCCUGUGUCAUAACCCUGAUCUCUUACGUCUACAUUAUCAGCACCAUCCUCAGGAUCCCCUCUGGCAGUGGCCGCAGCAAAGCCUUCUCCACCUGCUCCUCCCAUCUCACUGUGGUGCUCAUCUGGUAUGGCUCCACUAUUUUUCUCCACAUCCGCACCUCUCUCAAAGAUGCCUUGGACCUGACAAAAGCCGUCCAUGUCCUCAACACAGUGGUGACUCCAGUACUAAACCCCUUCAUUUACACACUCCGGAACAAAGAAGUCAGAGAAACUCUGCUGAAGAAAUGGAGGAGAACAUGA